UGCUGUCACAACUUAAAAUGUUAUUUAAACAAAUAAACAGCUAAAAUUAAAAAUGUAGUUGACUAGAACAAUCUUAUCAGCGCAAAAUAGGAAAAACAAAAGCAUGAACUGUUAAAAUGGCGUCUGGUAUGACCAAAGAAGAAAGUUACACCGAUCGCAGGAAACUGUUCAAGAACAUAUGGGAUACGGCUAUGACAUUAGAAGACAAAGAUGCCAACGAAGUCAUAAGCAAACCUAAAGUUAUCAAGACAUUGCGUCUUGAUGAGGUUGAUCGAUGUCUCGUGGGCAAGAAAAAGAAACAACGUCUUAAAAAUCUACGUGCCGUGUGCAAUAAAUUACUGGACUUCUGCGAUCGGCAAGAUGCUGACGAUUUAUUUUAUGAACAGAUGGUUGCGGAAGGCAAGAAAGAUCCUUCACAGAAGCCUGCCCCUAGUACCGACGUGAAAAAACCAAAAGCCAAGCUGAAAAGAAAGGUUAUAAAAGCAAAAAGUGUUUUUUAUCGGGUAACCCAUCCGCCAGCGCCUAAAGCAACUACUUCAGAGCGCCAAAAUUACAGUGGGAACAAUAAUAUUAUAACAUACAAUAAUUCGGAGAACAACGAUGUACAGCGCUGUAAAGAUAGAAGGGUGAAUAAGCAGGGGACAUAUCCUAUCUACGUAUUGCCAGGUGAAGCAAGAUACAAGUACAUUACUGUAACCAGACCGAUACCUAAACCUAAACCAUCAAAGAAGCUACUAGAAAUGCAUAAAAUAAAUAUAAGGUAA